AGGGAGCUGGUGAGGGUGUAGACAUGAACGUUCACAUGCCUCACACAGUAUUACUGGACUGAUGCUGCAUCCAUCUAAAGAAACCAUCCAAGACUCCCUCAAAUGAGAAGACACCAGUUCUUGGUCUUGGUGAUUCAUACUCGAGGGGUUGUAGUGUUGCAUCAAAGAGGAACCUGACUAACUCCUGACUCGUCUGUGUGUUCAGACAUGCACCUGACUGUAAGACUAUCUAUCAUCUUAUGGACUCUGUGCAAAUUAUCUCAAGCCUCCCCUAGUGAUCCAUACAGCAGCUGUAGGGAAGGAAAAAGGUGCCAGGCCAAGUUUGGGAAUGGAGUAUGUGAUGAGGAGUGCUCCAAGUCUGAAUGUCUGAGAGAUGGAUUUGACUGCCUUAAAGACAAAGGCACCUGCAUUUCAGGGCAUAUUCAAUACUGCCGAAAUCAUUAUGACAAUGGCCACUGCGACCAGGGCUGCCACACCGCCCCCUGUGGAUGGGACGGCUCAGACUGCCACAAAAAUCAGCACCCCAGUUGGGCCAAAGGAAGCCUCAUACUGCACACUAGAAUCCCGUUCCAGAGGGGUCAGAUCCAGAAUACCUCUCUUUUAUGGCCCUUAAGCACUGUCCUGCAGACCAGCGUCAAACUCAGAGGGAUGGCACCUCUCCAGCUCACCGCAGACUUACUUACAAUGGACACCCAACAGCUUGUUGAGCUGCACGCCCAAACGCCAUCCUAUGACAGCAAUGGGUCAGUGUUAUUCCUGCAGCUGGAUAACAGACCCUGCAACAGGAGAGACACCUGUUUCCACUAUGCCAUCGAGGCUGCACACUUCCUACGUGCCAUCCUGGCACAGAAUCAUGCCUCAUUUCCCAUGAUCCCAGAGAUCCAGGCGGCUGUGAUCAGUGUACAGGGAUUUGAUGAGGAAAUAGGAACCAGAGAGGAGGUGAAACUGCUAAUAGAGGAGGGCAACGCCUGGAUGUGGCCUGUGGUCGGUGUGGCGACGGGACUCGGUGUGGCUGCUGUCAUGCUCAUUACGGUGGUGUUCCUGUGGUUAAAGAAAAGAAGACAGAGACGAGGAGGAGAGCGAGUGCGUCACAGAUCCACGGUGACCGAUAGCAAUAACGGCAGCAAGGCCUGGACCCGCCGCUCUGAGGAGAAAAGAAGCAGAUCAGGAAGAGAUAAAGACAAAAAUGGGAUGAAGAAAAACAAGAAAGGAAAAGACUCAGGAAAAAGACGCAAGGAGCCCCUCGGUGAGGAUGCGAUCCGUAUGCGACCCCUGAGGAAGGAACUGGACAUCGGAAGUGACACCGAUGUGACCCAGAGCUCAAUGGAGGACAUCAACAAGACCAUCUGUGACCACAGAUCACCAGACCAAAAACACUUCAACCAGCCACGCAUGCUGGCUCCCCCUAGAGGAUGGGAAAGAAACGCUGUCCCUACACCUCAAAAACCGCCAAGAAAUACCGCUCCAGUGCAGUGGUGUGGCCCGGACGGCUCGGUCGUGCUGAUCCGAGCUGUCAGAAGCGGGCUUGACCGAGUGGUUUUGGAACUCCUGAGAGCCGGAGUGCCGGUCAACAACACCGACCACACGGGGAGAUCUGCCCUCCACUGGGCAUGCUCAGUAAACCACCUCCCAUUGACACGGACCCUCAUUCGCUACGGUGCUGCAGUGGACAUACAGGACCAUAAGGGUGAAACGGCUUUGUUUCUAUCUGCUCUCCACGGUUGCUAUGACACCGCACGAUUCCUGCUGCUCAACGGGGCCAAUCAAGAUCUGUGUGACUGCAAGGGGCGGCGGCCACUGGAUGUGGCUCGAGAUGGAUUACAUCAUCAGGUCCUUGAGCUCCUAUUGGCUCACAGAGUUCACCGGGCACCGGUUCCUCUAGAUCCCGCCACUGAGGUGCUCUGGGACGAUCGCACUUACGUCUAUUCUCCUUGGGUCGCAUCUCCUCCAUGUCUGCCUGGACGAAGUGCUUCGUUUUCGGGGGUCAUCGGCCAAAGGGGGGUCCCAACACCUCCACCUACUGAUUGGCAGAUGGGAAGAACGCAAUGCUCCUCCCCCCAGAACUGGCGUCCAGCACCCAACCAAUCAGCAACGGCACUGGUCAGCCCCAGGAUUCUCGGCCGCCCGUCUCGACCUAUCAGCACUCUCCAGGAAGUGACAUCAGAGGCAGAAGACGAGGAGAGGGAGAUGACCCAAAACAUUACUCGAGCGGCAACACCUCACUUCCUGUCUCCACAACCCGCACCUCGACAACGCUCGUUCUCCUGUACCCAGCAUGCACUGAACCGCCGUUCCAGUGGCAACCAACCAGAGCUCUCCGUGGCAACUGCAGCUGAAAAAAUAGCCAAUGAGCAUGUAGAAAUAGUGAUUGUGCCACACCCGAGAGAAGCGGCCAGCCAGUUCGAGAGCAAAACCACAGGGAACGGCCACAGCGCAGCUCAGAUGGACUCUGAGAGAGAGAAUAUGAGGAACUGCAACUCUAAAAUCGGUGAAAGGAUCAGUAUUGAGCCCCCCGUCACCAUCCAAAGCAGCUUGUGAGAGAAGAUACAGAGAAAAGAAAUUAGACGACUAAAAAUGCACAAAACUCUCGUUUACAGUGUGUCAUUUUAUGGACUAUUGAAAUAAUCUGAUUAUGUAAUAUUAUUGGCGGAAUCUCAGGAAAACAUGUCCUCACCCCAAAAUCAAAAGCAACUCAUAUUUGCAUGAAACAAAUAAAGCCUAUAUAGAACUAUUAAGAUUAGGGUUUUUUUGUAUUUUGACUUUUUUAUGACAAUAAAACAUAUUUUUUCCUUUAUUUCCUCUCUACUGUUAUAUGGUUGAAUGUUUUGCUUUACUGUAAUGUUGGAUUUACUUUAAUAGGUCACAGAAUAUACAAAUAAAAAAUCCUUUUGCACUACAGUAGUAGUGUAAGAAAUUGCUUGUUAAUAUAUUACAAUAAUUACUGUAACAUUAUCAUUAUUGUAUAUUAUAGUAAUUAUAUUACA